AUGCAUGAAGCAGCUAUGGAAAGCGUGCCAUAUUAUGAAGAGCCACCUAGCUACGACCACUUCCUUCAGAACCACUUGUUACCCAAUCGACCAGCCUUGAUCGGCCCGGCUUUAACCAAAGAUUGGCGAGCACGAAAAGAAUGGGUGGAACCAACCAAUGCCAAUGGAGCCCAUACACCAGCCAUGCAACCACGUCUUGAUUACUUGCGCGAGCAAUUUGGUGAAGCCAAAGUGACAGUUGCUGAUUGUCAAGAGCGAGAUUUCAAUGACCAAAAGCGUGUGGAUAUGAAGUUUGAAGAGUUUGUGGAUAUGUUUUCUUCUGGGCGAUAUUACUUGAAAGAUUGGCAUAUGGUCAAAGCCUUUCCCAAUUAUCAUGCAUACAAGGUGCCCGAUAUAUUUGCAGAUGACUGGAUGAAUGAAUACUGGCCUACUCGAGAAGACAAGGACGAUUACCAAUUCGUGUACAUUGGAGGCGACAGCACUUUUACACCUUUGCACGCUGAUGUUUACAGAUCCUACUCUUGGUCAAGUAACAUUUGUGGUAUCAAAAAGUGGACGUUAUUUCCUCCAGGUCAAGAGGAUCUCUUGAAGGAUCGCCUCAACAACUUUGCCUAUGAUAUCCGAAGUAUUGAUGAAUCGCAAUUUCCCAACUUUGAAAAGGCAAGGCGUAUCGUUCUAUAUCAAAGGGAUGGCGAGACAUUGUUUGUUCCGAGCGGGUGGUUCCAUCAGGUUGAGAAUAUCGGUUCUACCAUCUCUAUCAAUCACAAUUGGUCUAAUGCAUGCAACUUGGAGGCAACGUUUCAGUCAUUGUCAUCCGACCUUGAGGAUGUCAGAAGAUCAAUCGAUGAUGUACGAGAGGAGAUGUCACCUAUGGAGUUCGUGGGAAGAUGCCAAUGGUUAUUGCUUUUGCAUAGUGGAUGGGAUUGGUCAAUACUAUUGGAAUUACUUUUAUGUGUAUCUCGUCGACUUGGGCAACAAAAAGACUGGGUAUUCCAGCCCGAUCCCACGUGGCAAGUACAACAAAUCCGCAAGGUCAUUGAUACGCUCCGAGAAAAUGAAGGGGAAGCAUUAACGACUUAUUUGGAGGAAAAGAAUUUGGGAUCUUGUAUAGACGAUAUAGAGCAAGAAUUAGUGAAAGCUAUUCUCCAUGGAAGUUGCAAUAAUAAUAAAGCGGCCUCUACUUGA